CCGGCCACACAACUGAAAAAAAAAACUCAAAGCUGCAUUCAAGAUAAAAACAAUUCGUUGCAAAUUGUUGCAUUUCAUUAACAUUGCUGUCGCCAUAUUACCUUUCCGACAACUAUUUUAUUAUAAGUUCUGGAAUAGCUUUUAUUAACACAUGUAUCUGAAAUUGUCUCGUUGUUUAAAUAAUAUUCGCCAACAAGUAAAGAGCAGUCUUGAAUGCGACUUGGAGAGUGACUGUUUACAUCACGAUGGUGACAGUAGUGGAGCUGCUGAGUCUCCUGCUGGUGUCAGUGCUGUGGGGCUGCACCAAUCCUCUCCUGAAGAGAGGCACAGAAGGGAUAGAACAUGUGGCAAAGACCAACAGGGUCUCCCAGAUCCUGGCCGAGGUCAAGUUUCUUUUCCUCAACCUCAAGUACCUGGUGCCAUUCCUCCUAAACCAGAGCGGCUCUUUGGUCUACUAUUACACACUGUCGACCACAGAGUUGUCCCUCGCUGUUCCUGUGGCCAACUCUCUCACCUUCCUUUGCACUCUGCUCACUGGCAAGUUACUGGGUGAAGAGUUCGGAGGCAAACAGGCCAUCGUGGGGAUGUUCCUCACCAUGGCCGGCAUCACUCUCUGCGUUAUAAGCUCCAUUCACGACAAAGACCCAGAGAAACCAAACACCGUGUGACGCAGCCUGCGCGCAAACGGAGAUCGAGAUUAAAGCAGAUUCCAUUUAGCAGCGAAGGAAGCGACGCAUGCCGGGGCAGAGGGGAACCAGGACUGAAGAGGGGGGCAAUUUAGAUUCAGGCUCGACCUCCUCAGAGCAACGUGGGAGGAUCGUGCUUAAAUAAUCUCCGCUUGAGAUUCAAAAGACCUGGUCUGAAACUCUUACCACCAAGUUAAAGAGGAGGAGGAGGGUUCACGUAGGGUUCACCCCAGACCCAGACUAGAUUUAUGGUGCGCCCAUAGAAGCCGUCGCUUGUUAACUUUAAGCGUUCCGCGGGCCCCGCCGUGUGACUGGCAUCUGCGCGGGUGGUACGGACACCACAUGCAAAUAAGACGGGGGUUUGAAACGAAACCAGUCGGAUGUCGCCUUCUUGUUUAAGGGGGACAUUUUCCAAUGGCUGCCCUCUGUAGCAUGUGUUUGGAGGAGCAGUGUGCAGGUGGAGGAAAAGCAAAUAUACCAUGGUAUUCUUUGUUAACAUGCCUGAAAAAGACCUACGGAAACACAUAGUGAUAUAUAUAUAUAUGUUUUUAUCGUCACAGUAUUUAAUUGAUACAAGACUGUGUAGAAGACUUUUCCACCGUCAUAGCUAAUAUUAAUAAAGUGUUGGCAACAUCACUCUUCGUCCAUCACAAACAACUAGGCCUAACUUUUUCCGUAACAUAACACAUUGAACAUUUACACACAGUAUGAUCACGAUAUCAUAAAGAGCUGUGCGAAACGCUUUGAGUGUCUGGUCGAGUCACAUGAGUUUCAGGUGUGCACCGCCCACAGAUGUUCCCAAUAAAAACCUAAACCAUGA